AACAAAAUCUUGCACAGCACCUCGCGGGCCCUGAAGGCGGCUCGCGCCCUUUACAUUCCUCAGGACCCAGGGGCUGGUCCCUGACACGUGGAAACGAGCGACAUUUGCACAGCACCUUCCAGCCCAACAUUUCGCAGGGAAAACUUCAGAUGUGGGUGGAUAUUUUCCCCAAGAGUUUAGGGCCACCAGGCCCUCCUUUCAAUAUCACACCCCGGAAAGCCAAGAAAUACUACCUGCGCGUGAUCGUCUGGAACACCAAGGACGUUAUCUUGGAUGAGAAAAGCAUCACAGGAGAGGACAUGAGUGACAUCUAUGUCAAAGGCUGGAUUCCUGGCAGUGAAGAAAACAAACAGAAAACAGAUGUUCAUUACAGGUCCUUGGAUGGGGAAGGGAACUUUAACUGGAGAUUUGUGUUCCCGUUUGACUACCUCCCGGCUGAACAACUCUGUGUCGUUGCUAAAAAAGAGCAUUUCUGGAGCAUUGACCAAACAGAAUUUCGAGUCCCACCGAGACUGAUCAUUCAGAUAUGGGACAAUGACAAGUUUACUCUGGAUGACUACUUAGGUUUCCUGGAGCUUGACUUGCAUCACACGAUCAUUCCAGCAAAAUCAUCAGAGAAAUGCAAUUUGGACAUGAUUCCGGACCUCAAAGCCAUGGACCCCCUUAAAGCUAAGACGGCCUCCCUCUUUGAGCAGAAGUCCAUGAAAGGAUGGUGGCCGUGCUACGCAGAGAAGGAUGGCGCCCGUGUGAUGGCUGGGAAAGUGGAGAUGACAUUGGAAGUCCUCAAUGAGAAGGAGGCCGACGAGAGGCCAGCCGGGAAGGGGCGGGAUGAACCCAACAUGAACCCUAAGCUGGACCCACCAAACCGACCGGAAACGUCCUUCCUCUGGUUCACCAACCCGUGCAAGACAAUGAAGUUCAUCGUGUGGCGCCGGUUUAAGUGGGUCAUCAUCGGCCUGCUCUUCCUGCUCAUCGUGCUGCUCUUCCUGGCCGUGCUCCUCUACUCCUUGCCGAACUAUUUGUCAAUGAAGAUCGUGAGGCCAAAUGCAUAAUGCAAGCAAAACCUUCUUUUCAAGAGUCAUCCAGCAAUAAGGAAUCUGACCUCCGCGGACCAAAAUCAAGUAUGAUUUUGUCUGUGUCCGAGACUACAGCCCAGUGGCAUGUUACACUACUUCAGUGAGCCCGUCUGUUCUCAGAGGGCCUCAAUGCUGCAAUGUCAGGCCAACAAGCAAUAUUUUUAUCUUAUCUUUUAAAGUAUUAAAAGUUUUAUUUUCUGAAGUUUUGACCACGUUUUCAAGGUGGCUGGUUCCAUUUCAAAAAUCAUCUUUUUAUGUGUCCUUAUUUCUAUAAUUCAAUUUUUAGAAAUUGCUGAAAUGAAAUUUAAAAAUUUCUGCUUCUUGAUGUCAUAUAUUCAUUUGUAAUCAGCUAAAAGAACUGUGCAUUACAAAAACAGAAUAGUUAGAGUGAUUUUUAUUUAUUCCUACAACCAUUGUUAUGAUAUUUUGUAUGGAUAAACCUCAUGAAAUGCUAUUUUAACCUCUGUGACAAACCGAAAUAAAAAUGUUUCAUCUUUA